GCUAGAGAUGCUUUAGACUGGUGACCAGCAGGGCUUAUGGUUUUCAAAAUUUACUUAUUACUAGGAUAUAUGGAUCGAAUUUGUUCAUCAUCAUGCAUGUGUUUUGGAUAGUUGAUUAAGCAAUAAAGUUCUUUAGUUCUACAACUCUCUUUCAUUUUCUGGUAGAAAGUUCUAAAACUUUAACUAUCAUAUUAUUUUUGCAAUUGUUCUGCCUUAUCAAGUGGCCCAUUUUGGUUAAAAAUAAUGGGAAAUGGUAAACAGGAGCAUGUAUCUAUUGGUAAUGCAUAUGUUUCUCGAAUACUACCUUCUUCUUAGUAUUUUUAUUUCCCCCAGCUCCUCUGCUUCCUCCUUACCUUUUCUUAUAUGGUCAUUCCCUGUUACAGGUUAUUCAAGCUCAAGGUUUAUCUGGGUCAUAUUCUCUGGUUUUAACCCUAUGUUCGAUAUUGCUACUUCUGUUCUUAAGAUAGUGGUAAACAUUUAUAGAGGUUAUUACAUUAUAAUCUUUCCUUUUAUGGCAAGGCAACAUUGAGAAAGUGGCAGUUAUAGGUUUGCUCCUAUUUCAUAUCAGACUCCGAAAUACAAAAAAAUACACCUGAUUUUUCUGUCUUUUAGAAAUGCAUGCUCAAUUGCUGAUAGUUUUAUGUAUCUCAGCAAAUGUAUAUUGCCUUUUGGCAGAAUAAAUCUUUGAUCUUAAUUGUACACGGUACCUGCAGUACCAUUGCCCUUUUCAUGGAAUCAUUUCUGCCCAUACACGUUUCUGCUCUGCUCUUCUUCUUCCCCGACAAGCUGCCCAAGCCACCGAUGCUCCCUCUUGAGGAAUCGGUAAAAGGGCUUGAUGAUUUACCUUCUUUUCUUGUUAAAGAGCAAAAUUAGGACUUAGAGCUCUCCCUUUUGAAGUAGAAUUUCCAGAUCUGCUCUGUUCUCCUCUCCCUCUGUCCGUCCUCGAGCUGCAGCUUGUGCGAAUUUCUGGGCAUUUUUCUGGUCAGAUUCAGCCAAGAAAUCAUCUCUUUAACCUUGAUUUAGGCUGGGUUUACCUUAAUUGCUUUUAUUUCCUUCCAAUUUCUGGUAGCCGUGAGUUUCCCCCUGCAGAUUGCCGUCGGCCUCCCUACCUGCUAGCUCCGGUGUUGGCUGCUGGGAAAUUCUAGUAUGGACAGCCCUCUCAAGUCUGAAUUUAUCAAUUAAUUGUUGUCCAUUUAGUUGCCCUGUGUUGUCCGAAAAUCUGCUGGGAUAGGGGAUGAAUUUGGCAGCCCUUUAAAUGUGUUUUGUUGUUUAAAUUAUGUGGAAAUUACUUGAAUUGGCUGCUGUGAUGUUUUGUGUGAAAAUCUCAUGAAUUAGCUAUUGCUUUGUCAAGUCCGGUUCCUCCAUGUUGUCCGUGGGAUUGGGAAAAUUAUGCAUGUGUAUUUAUGUGUAUAUAUAAAUACACAAUCUGACCUUAUUGCAAAUGUAAUUGCAAUAUUAGGUGCUGUUAUGGCUUAGUGCACUUGGAUUGAAUCUUCGGUUUAUGCGAGUGAGGUAAGUAAAUUAUGAUAACGCCCUUCGAUAAGUAUAUUUUAACUUGUUUUUGAAAUGGUGGCAGGACUAAACCCGAUUUAUACAAAUAUGAGUAUGACUGAUUUGAAAUGAAAUUAUUAUGUUUUC